UUCAAAAUCCUUCCACUUAGUGUGCAAGGAGCCAAAAGCCAACACAAACAACAUGACUGACUACGAGGUUGCAACUGCCUUUCUCGGGGAAUGGGGACAUUUCCAGCAGCAGGUGUUUUUCCUACUCUGUCUCACCGUCAUCCCUAACGGUUUCAGCGGCAUGUUCAUCGUCUUCGUGGCCGACACGCCGCCCCACCGCUGCGUCAUUCCCGCAAACGUGAACCUGACGGCGGCGUGGAGGAACCGCAGCAUCCCGCUGGAGCUGGACAGCAACAGCGGCGCGUUGGUGCCCAGCAAGUGCUCCAGAUACAGGCUGGGAGAUGUGCUGAGUUUCUCGGACAGAGGCUUUCUGCCCGGGGUCGACGUUAACAUGUCUAAUGUGCCGACUGAGAGCUGCUUGGAUGGGUGGGAGUAUGACCAAAGCGUGUACAUUUCUACCAUCAUAACGGAGUGGGACCUGGUGUGUGGCGACAGGUGGAAGAACCCGCUAACUUCUUCUAUCUUCUUCUGUGGUGUUCUCACUGGCUCCUUCGUUUCGGGGCAGCUCUCUGACAGGUAUGGGAGAAAAAUAGUGUUGUUUGUUACCAUGGCAGUCCAGACAGUGUUCACAUUCAUCAUGGUCUUCGCUCCAUCCUGGCCCGUGUUCUGCGCCCUGUUCUUUAUUGUCGGGAUGGGACAAAUCUCUAAUUAUGUGGCUGCGUUUGUGCUAGGGACAGAGAUAUUGAGCCCAAAGGUUCGGACAAUUUAUUCCACCGCAGGUGUGACUUUCUUUGCUGCAGGCUACAUGUUCAUACCACUGUUAGCCUACUUCUUGAGAGACUGGAGGAUGCUUCUCCUAGGCCUCGCCCUGCCUGGCUUCCUCUAUGUGCCUCUCUGGUGGUUCAUCCCAGAGUCUCCUCGAUGGCUGAUCACCCAGGGAAGAGUGGAGGAGGCGGAGGCCAUAGUGAGAGAGGCUGCACGGAAAAAUAAGAUUGAAGCCCCAGCUGUAAUCUUUAAAGAAUCUGAGGCAUCGGCACAAUUUAAGAAAUAGACCAUGCUUGACAUCCUAAAAUCCAAGAAAAUCAGAUGCAUAACUUUGAUGUGUCUCAUUCUGUGGUAAGUGUUAGUUGUU